AUGGCAUCUCCAGGCUCUGGCUUUUGGUCCUUCGGGACUGAAGAUGGUUCUGGAGACCCCGAAAACCCUGGGACAGCCAGAGCCUGGUGCCAGGUGGCUCAGAAGUUCACGGGCGGCCUCGGAAACAAGCUGUGCGCAUUGCUCUAUGGAGACACCGAAAAGCCAGCGGACGGCGGCGGGAACCAGCCUCCGCGCGCCGCGAUCCGCAAGGCCACCUGCGCUUGCGACCAGAAGCCUUGCAGCUGUCCCAAAGGGGAUGUCAACUUUGCCUUUCUACACUCAACAGACCUGCUGCCUGCCUUCGGUGGCGAGAGACCAACCCUGGCGUUUCUGCAAGAUGUAGUGGACAUUUUGCUUCAGUACGUAGUGAAGAGUUUCGACCGAUCCACCAAAGUGAUUGAUUUCCAUUAUCCCAAUGAGCUUCUUCAGGAGUACAAUUGGGAACUGGCAGACCAACCACAAAACCUCGAGGAAAUCUUGAUGCAUUGCCAAACAACUCUAAAAUAUGCAAUUAAAACAGGGCAUCCCAGAUAUUUCAAUCAGCUUUCCACCGGAUUGGAUAUGGUUGGCUUGGCAGCAGACUGGCUGACAUCCACAGCUAACACUAACAUGUUCACCUAUGAAAUUGCUCCAGUAUUCGUGUUGUUGGAAUACGUCACGCUAAAGAAAAUGAGAGAAAUCAUCGGCUGGCCAGGAGGCUCUGGAGACGGGAUUUUUUCUCCUGGUGGCGCCAUAUCCAACAUGUACGCCAUGUUGAUCGCCCGCUUUAAGAUGUUCCCGGAGGUCAAGGAGAAAGGCAUGGCUGCUGUCCCCCGGCUCAUCGCCUUCACGUCGGAGCAUAGCCAUUUUUCCCUGAAGAAGGGAGCUGCGGCCUUAGGGAUUGGAACAGACAGCGUGAUUCUGAUCAAAUGUGAUGAGAGAGGGAAAAUGAUUCCAUCGGAUCUUGAAAAAAGAAUCCUGGAAGCCAAGCAGAAGGGAUACGUUCCUUUCUUAGUGAGCGCCACCGCUGGCACCACCGUGUACGGAGCAUUCGAUCCCCUCCUGGCUGUGGCUGACAUUUGUAAGAAGUAUAAGAUCUGGAUGCAUGUGGAUGCAGCCUGGGGUGGCGGAUUGCUGAUGUCCCGGAAACACAAGUGGAAGCUGAGUGGCGUGGAAAGGGCCAACUCUGUGACGUGGAACCCACACAAGAUGAUGGGGGUCCCGCUGCAGUGCUCCGCUCUCCUGGUGAGAGAAGAGGGUUUGAUGCAGAGCUGCAACCAGAUGCACGCUUCCUACCUCUUUCAGCAAGACAAACACUACGACCUGUCCUACGACACUGGGGACAAAGCCUUGCAGUGCGGGCGCCAUGUGGAUGUUUUCAAACUCUGGCUCAUGUGGAGGGCAAAGGGAACGACUGGGUUUGAGGCACAUAUUGACAAGUGUCUGGAGCUCGCAGAGUACUUAUACAACAUCAUAAAGAACCGAGAAGGCUAUGAAAUGGUGUUUGACGGGAAGCCUCAACACACAAAUGUCUGCUUCUGGUAUGUUCCCCCGAGUCUGCGUGUUCUGGACAACAACGAAGAGAGAAUAAACCGCCUCUCAAAGGUGGCACCUGUAAUCAAAGCCAGAAUGAUGGAGUAUGGGACCACCAUGGUCAGCUACCAGCCCCUAGGAGACAAGGUCAACUUCUUCCGCAUGGUCAUCUCCAACCCCGCAGCCACACACCAAGACAUUGAUUUCCUGAUUGAAGAGAUAGAACGCCUUGGACAAGAUUUAUAACUAUCCAGCUCGCCAAGCUGUUUCAAUUUCUCUAGGUAGACCAUAGAGUUGUCACAAACCGUGUUAAAUGUAUUUGUAGCUUGUUCCAAAGUAAAUAUAUUUCUAUA